UCGGGAUGCUGCGAAGAUUAUAAAGACAAACAUUAAUAAAACUGAUCGCAAGUAAGAAAAAAAAAACAGGAAUUCAGGUUUUUACGGAAGAAGCGAUAAUACAAUGGGAUGGCAAAAUGAUACUUUAGUUUAGUUUUGUCUGUGACCGCGAUCGGACGGAAUUGUCAGAGAGAGAAAGCAAGACUUGAAGUGUGACCUUUGAGAUAUUACCGUUGAGAUUUCUCAGUUUUAAGUCUAAAAAUGAAACAGUUCAUUUGUGUAUUAGUAGUUGUCGGUUUACUAGCAGUUGGUAGUGCUCAUAGUUCAGAUGCUGCAGCGAAGGGCAACGGGAAUGCUGGGGCGUACGAGGAAAUCCGAGUGGAAUCGUCACUUAACGUGCGCAAGACCAAUCAGGCUGUGCGGAGGCACGUGAGAAGCGUUGUGGAUAUUCUGGUACCGGACCACGCACGGGUGAAGCGACAGUUUGGCGCGUUUCCCAAUGGCGGCUUCGGAUCAUCCAGCGCCCAGGCCAACGCAAACGCCUUCAACCAACAGUUUGGUCCAAACGGAUUUGGAGCCAGCGCUGCCAACGCCGGAGCGCAAUCUUUCUUCAGCCAGGGUCCAGGAGGUGGCUUCGGAGCCUCUGCUGCCAAUUCGGCAUCCCAAGGGUUCCAGGCAGGUCCGGGCGGUAUUACGGGCUCAGCUGGACAAUCGGGAAGUCAGACGUAUCAUCUGCCUGGGAACCGAGACGUGAGCUUGGCAUACACCGGCGGAUUCUCCGUGGCGGACGGUAAACCGUCUGUAUCGCAAGGAAACUCGAUCAGUUUCUCCGGAUAAUCUACGUUUGACAACGGGAACGCCGAGCGAAUUUCAAUCACCGAAGAACGUGUGUCAAAAUAUAUAUGUCGAAAGUAAAACUCA